AUUUCUCGGCAAGAAAAAAAAGGACAACCCAGGCCCAUUAACAAUAUUUAAGACAAACAAAGUACUUCCACGUCCCUAAAUCAUACAAAGGUCAAUCAAUAUUAAAUAUAUUACUAUGGUCACACCGCCCCUCUGAUUUUACCCUUCUUGACCUAGACGUAACGAAGUUCGCAGUUGGUUCAAAGACGAAACAGUACAUGUCCGAAUAAAUAAUUAUCACCAUCUUGGACCCGUCUAGGGUUCACACAGUCGUCGCGUAAACUGCAAACCACCUGCCCUCCCUCCUCGCGCUUUCAUGGGACGCCAAUUCUGACCGUCUCUCGAAUCCAGAUCGUCCAAUCGUAGCGUAUACCGUCAGAUUUUGCAUUCGAUCACGGCGAGCGAAGGGUGGCCACGUAACUUAGAGCGAACCCAGCGAAGUCCCAACCACGUUUGCCGCGGCCCAAUUCCCAAAGUCCCAACCAACGCCGACACCGCUAAACCCUCACAUAGAACCCUCCUCUUUCUUGACUCCCCCUUCGUUUUCUCUUUUUCCCUUUUUUUUUGGUGUCCUCCUCUUGCUUCUUGAAUCUUUUUGAUGGCCGCUGCGACGGAGAUCGGUAGUUUGGCGGCGCGGAUCCGGCCGUCGUCGGGCGGGGACUGGGCCGACCUCGCGUCCAGCCGGCGUCUCGGCCGGGCUCUCCACGGAGCUCCAUGGGCUCGCCGGAAGCCGCCGGCCAUCGGCGGGGGUCUCGUGGUGAGAUUCAUGAAGACCACCGAGACGAGCGAGCCGACGGCGGAUCAUGUGGGCACGUCCAAUGGAACCAUUAGCACCGAGAUGUCGAACUCCUCUUGCACCCUUCCAUCGAAUAAUUACAGCAUGGAGGCGAUGACGGUGGUUUCAAAUCCGAGGAGGAGGACAAAGAUAGUGUGUACGAUUGGCCCUUCCACGAAUACACGAGAAAUGAUAUGGAAAUUAGCAGAAGCAGGAAUGAAUGUCGCACGGCUAAACAUGUCCCACGGUGACCACAAAUCGCACCAGAAGAUUAUUGAUCUGGUCAAGGAGUACAAUGCCCAAUCUAAAGGCAAUGUUAUUGCCAUAAUGCUGGACACCAAGGGGCCUGAGGUAAGAAGCGGAGAUGUGCCUCAGCCUAUUUUGCUCAAGGAAGGACAGGAGUUCAAUUUUACAAUCAAAAGAGGAUUUAGCUCCGACCACACUGUUAGUGUAAAUUACGAUGACUUUGUGGAUGACGUGGAAGUUGGUGACAUUCUUUUGGUUGAUGGAGGAAUGAUGUCACUAGCUGUGAGAUCAAAAACUGUCGACACUGUCAAAUGUGAAGUAAUUGAUGGUGGAGAGCUAAAAUCAAGGCGUCAUUUGAAUGUACGUGGCAAAAGUGCUACUCUGCCGUCCAUAACAGAAAAGGACUGGGAGGAUAUCAAGUUUGGUGUGGACAACAAAGUUGAUUACUAUGCAGUUUCAUUUGUAAAAGAUGCUAAAGUGGUGCAUGAAUUGAAAGAUUAUCUCAAAAGUUGCAAUGCAGAUAUUCAUGUGAUUGUUAAAAUAGAAAGUGCUGACUCAAUACCGAAUCUUCACUCCAUAAUUUCUGCUUCAGAUGGGGCAAUGGUUGCUCGUGGAGACCUUGGUGCUGAGCUUCCAAUUGAAGAAGUUCCUUUGCUGCAGGAAGAGAUUAUAAAUAUGUGUAGAAGCAUGGAGAAACCGGUGAUUGUGGCAACAAACAUGUUAGAGAGCAUGAUAAACCAUCCAACACCAACAAGGGCUGAAGUUUCUGACAUAGCAAUUGCUGUCCGGGAAGGUGCAGAUGCUAUUAUGCUAUCGGGUGAAACUGCUCAUGGGAAGUAUCCACUAAAAGCUGUUAAAGUGAUGCAUACUGUGGCACUGAGGACUGAAUCAAUCCAAUCAACCAGCAAUACCCAUCCUAUUCUUGCUACUGCUGUUCAGGCUGCAGUCGGCGAGGAGUUUUCUCAAAGCCACAUGAGUGCUAUGUUUGCAUCUCACACAGCCACAAUGGCAGACACCCUAGGCAUGCCUAUCAUUGUUUUCACGCAAACUGGUUCCAUGGCUAUACUUCUUAGCCACUAUAGACCUUCUUCUACUAUCUUUGCAUUUACAAAUGAAGAAAGGAUCAAGCAGAGGUUGGCACUUUAUCGUGGCGUGUUGCCUAUACACAUGAAGUUCUCUAAUGAUCCAGAAGAGACAUUCUCCACAGCAUUAAAGUGUUUGAUGUGCAAUAUCUGAAGAAGGGAGAAUAUGUCACUCUUGUUCAAAGUGGGAUACACUCAAUCUGGAGACAGGAAUCUGCACAUCACAUUCAAGUCCGUAAGGUCUGAGGCUGAUAUGCAUUUGAAUUACUUCCAUUAGCAAGCGGAUCAGACAUAUCUCAGCCCACAAGAGAAAAAGGUUUUGGGCGAAAUAGGCAAUUCUUUUAGUUAGUUUUACUCAUGGCUAAUUUUAAGUUAAAAGAAUAUUUUAUUGCAGAAUGUAUUGAUUAGGAGCUGCUCUUUGAGCUUCAUCUAGAUAGUGUUAAUUGAUAUACUCAAAUAGUCUAUGUGUUUUACUACAUUAGAGACUAUGUUCUUGAUUUAAACUAAUUUUGAAAGUUUAAUUGAAAGAAAAGUGAAUAUUUUCUUUAA